AUGGAGGGAGGUCUCCACACCGUCAUCAUCCAAGUACAAAACAAAGGGAAACCUUCACUCCGUGAUCAUCAACGGAGGGAGGUCUCUACUCCGUCGACAUCCAAGUACGAUGCAAAGGGAAUUCUUCGCUUUGUUAUCAUCAACGGAGGGAAGUCUCCGCUCCGUCAUUGUCCAAGUACGGAGCAAAGGGAACCAUUCGCCUCCUUAUCAUUAGCGAAAGAAUGCCUCCGGUUCGUCAGCCCCAAAUCGGUGGUGAAGGUGUUUUGCGUCCACACGGAGCCGAAUUUCUCGUUGCCGUGGCAGAGGAAGAGGCAGUACAGCUCGAGUAGUAGUGGGUUUGUGAUUGGGGGAAGAAGGGUCUUGACCAAUGCGCACUCUGUGGAGCACCAUACACAGGUCAAGCUCAAGAAGCGUGGCUCCGAGACCAAGUACUUGGCUACUGUGUUGGCCAUUGGGACUGAAUGUGAUAUUGUUGCUUUACUAGUAAAGAAUUAAGGGUAGUAGCUUGACUUAAGAUGGGAUUCAUAUGUUCAUGGAUCAACUGAGCUUCUGGGACUGCAGAUAGAUGCUGCCAUAAACUCUGGAAACUCUGGUGGGCCUGCCUUCAAUGACAAGGGGACCUGUGUGGGCAUUGCUUUUCAGUCUCUUAAACAUGAAGAUGCAGAAAAUAUAGGCUACGUUAUUCCAACACCUGUUAUCAAGCACUUCAUUACAGAUUACGAGAAGAAUGGGGCAUAUACAGGGUUCCCAAUUAUUGGAAUUGAGUGGCAAAAGAUGGAAAAUCCUGAUCUACGCACGUCAAUGGGGAUGAAAGCUGAUCAAAAGGGUGUGCGUAUUAGAAGGAUCGAACCUACAGCUCCAGAUUCUCAUCUUCUGCAACCAUCUGAUGUCAUUCUUAGCUUUGAUGGAGUUAAUAUUGCAAAUGAUGGCACAGUUCCAUUCAGGCAUGGGGAGCGCAUAGGUUUCAGUUACCUCGUCUCCCAGAAAUAUACUGGCGAUAGUGCUGUAGUAAAAGUUCUUCGUAACUCACAGAUUCUUGAAUUCAACAUAAAACUUGGAACACACAAGCGUCUGAUCCCGGCACACAUCAACGGCAAACCUCCCUCCUAUUAUAUCAUCGGUGGAUUUGUUUUUUCAGCUGUAUCUGUUCCAUAUCUGCGUUCUGAGGUGUGCCGUUGAUUUCAUACCUUCACAAGGAGUAUAACUAUGUAGCAUCAAUGAGGUUGAAAUUCUUAGCUUCACAGCGCAGGCGUGCAGAACAGUUCACGGUAGUGGUUAGAAACAUACCAUAUGUCUCUGGUCGUUCAAUAUCAGACACUGUGGACCAAUACUUCAAAAGAAACCACCCGAAUGAGUAUCUUUGUCACCAGGCAGUCUACAAUGCAAACAAAUUUGCCAGACUUGUGAGACAGCGAGAUCGGAUCCAAAACUGGCUAGACUAUUACCAGCUUAAGUAUGAAAGGCAUCCAAACAAAAAACCAACCACAAAGAACACGUCAUAAUGGAAGAGAAGAUGAGAAUUGGAGGAGGGUUGCUUUUUGUAGUAGUGGCUGUUAAGAAAGUAAACGGCAUAAGACAGGAUGCUGAAAGAGAAUUUGAGAAUGAGGUGAACUGGUUGGGAAAAAUUCGGCAUCAAAACAUCAUAAAACUUUUGGGUUACUGUGUUCAU